GGACUGUCAACAAUAAGUAUGGCGCCGCUCGUUGCUUAGCUUGACUUGUACCGACGUGAUAAAAGGGAAGAGAAAGCUCGUUUUGGAUUUGAAUCUCAGAUCAUCCGAGCAGCUGGAGGCUGAACGCUGAGCCACAGUGACGUCAUGGUGCUGAAGGUCUUCUUCCCGCAGUGCUGCAACCGGGCCAACAGCGGGCUCCUGGUCGGCCGCUGGAUCUCGGGUCAUGACUCUGCUGUAGUGCUGGCUGUAAUCCACUACCCGUUCAUCCCCGGGCAGGUCAAACAGUACGUCCAACAGAUGCAGGCUAAGAGUGGGGUGGAGCUCUCGGUGCUGGGCUCGUGGAGUUUACCUAAAGAGGGUCAGGAGGGGAUGGAGAGCUUCCUCAGGGACCUCAGCACCAUCUUCCCUCAGGAACGCUGGCUCCAGAUCAAGAGGCACCUGGGCAAGACGGGCUUCACCUGCCAGAUCCUGAACAGGGAUCAGAAUGGAAAGGUGAUUCAGCCGGACGUUAUAAAGAAGAAGAAGAAGAAGAAGAAGAGGAAGGAGAAGAAGGAGAAGACUGAGGACGAUGAUCAGCGGGAUGGAGAUGAUAACGAAGAACAGCAGGAAGAGGAGGAGGAGGAAGAGGAGGAGGGGGAGAAGGUGAUCUUUGUCCACUACGAGCAGAGGAAGGUGAUGCUGUCGCAGCUUCACCCCGUCGAGAACGGAGUCCCAGACCCCAAAACUGAACCUCCAUCUGAGCUGAGACAGAUGUUUAAGACGGUGGCCGGCAGUGAGCCGCUGUUCUUCCUGGACCGAUAUGAUGACGGGCCUCUGAAGUCGACACACUGGCAGUCUGAGGGUCGAGAGGCCAGCAUCAUCGUGGAGCUGCUCAAACAGGGCUCCGUCCCGCUCUGCAUGCUCAUCAGAUGGCUGCUCUCCAUCUGGACCUGGAUCUGUAACAUGAGGGUCUUCAACCUCUACCCGCUCCGGUUCGUGUCCAGUAAGCUGUCCACCUGUGUCCAGCUCAGCUACAGAUCGGAGCACAUGCGGACGCUCAGCUCAGCAAAACGAUCCACAGAACACACCGAGUUCAUGAGGAAAGCAAACAUCUGCGUGUCGUUCCUCAUCGACGUGGCUCUCGGGAUGUUGCUCAUCUGGUGGCUCUACAGAGACGACCACAUCAGCAUGUUGGCAAACACACUGGUGCCUGCAGCUGACCAUGUGGCAAAGGAGCUGGAGGAGCUGCUGCAGUGGCUGAUGGGAGCUCCUGCAGGGCUGAAGAUGAACCGAGCUCUGGACCAGGUCCUGGGUCGCUUCUUUCUCUACCACAUCCACCUCUGGAUCAGUUACAUCCACCUGAUGUCUCCCUUCAUCGAGGGGAUCCUGUGGUACGGUGGCCUCUCAGCCUGCCUGGGACUGACCUUUGCCCUCUCGCUGCUCUCUGACAUGGUGGCCCUGCUCACCUUCCACAUCUACUGCUUCUACGUCUACGGAGCCAGGCUGUACUGUCUGAAGAUCUACGGCCUCUCGUCUCUCUGGAGGCUCUUCAGAGGGAAGAAGUGGAACGUCCUGCGGCAGAGGGUGGACUCCUGCUCCUAUGACCUGGACCAGCUCUUCAUCGGGACGCUGCUCUUCACCGUCCUGCUGUUUCUUCUGCCCACCACGGCGCUCUACUACCUGGUCUUCACGCUGCUGCGUCUGGUGGUGGUGCUGUUCCAGGGCGUCCUCCACCUCAGCGUGGACUUCAUUAACUCCUUCCCUCUGUUCGCUGCCGGCCUUCGCAUCUGCCGCUCCUACAGACUGGCAGAGGGAGUAAAGUUCAGGGUUCUCUGUGAGGAGCCGGGGACCGCCCUUCACCUGAUGAUGGAGAUUAACCCUUUAAAGACCAGCACGGUAAUUCAGACCUACCGCACCCCGACGUACAGCUGCUACCCCAAAGACUCCUGGGCCGCUCUGAUCAAGAAGCUGUUUGUUGGGGAGCUGAUUUACCCCUGGAGACACAAAACCACCAAGACCGACUGAGAGCCAUCAGCUGGAAAGGUGUGUGUGAGAGAGAGAGAGAGAGAGAGAGAGAGAGAGAGAGAGAGAGAGAGAGAGAGAGAGAGAGAGAGAGAGAGAGAGAGAGAGAGAGAGAGAGAGAGAGAGAGAGAGAGAAGUGACUGAAUAAAUAAUGAGACAGAGACAGAUGGAGGGAAGCGAGGGUGAGUUCAGUAGCAGAACCUGAAGAGUAACAGGGCUUUCAUGUUAAAUCAAUGACAGAGAAAGUAUGUUUUUACUGAAGCUGCUGAGUCAUCUCUCUCUCCAUCAGAGCGCAUAAGAGAAACAAAAAAUGAGUCAGCGAAAACAGAAACCGGAAAACCAGCAAGCAGUAUCGUCUCGCUGUGAUUUCAUCAAAUCACUUUCAGAGGAUGAUGGAUCACGUUGUCUGUCUUUUACGUUGAGGAGAUCAGAAAUUAAAGCUCCUGUAGGGAGUUUUUAGCCGGUCUUAGAGAACACUAAUAUUAACAUUGAAGCCUCUAACUGACCUUAAAUAGCAGAAGAGACCACCAGCAAUGUGAUUGAUUCCCUCUACGCAGUCCUCUUUACCUCCUGUACACACAGCCGUGAGGAAGGUCUCAGGCGCAGUCAGUCAGACUCAAGCUUUGUUGACAUUUUUCACAACAAAGAUUCACAUGAAGUGAUGUGUUCGACUGUUUAAAGGUGACAGGAUAAGACUCUUUGUCUGAAAACAUGACCUACACAUGAGCAAAGAGAUGAGAUACCGCUUUGUCCACUGGGGGCGCCAAAAUCAACAAACAAAAGUUCCUCGCACAAACAUUUAAAUCAUGGAUUCCAUCAUUACUCGGCAGUAAUUUACCUCCCGUGUUAUUAAAUCAGGAAGUUCAGUUCAUCUUAAGAAAACAUGGUAACGCUAAAUCCACUCCAUGGUUAUUUUUAAAUGUAGAACAAAGGGUCAGACUUCCUCUCUGAGUUAAAGUGUUUCUGUAUUAACUGCACUGACCAAGUGAAUAGUUGUAACUUUUAGAUUUUAUAUAUAUUAUUAAAUAUUAGACUCUACUUGAAAUCAUGCUAACUGGAGGCAUACAUUUUCUUUUGUGUAUUUUUUAUUUCUCUGUCUGGAUUAAAUGAGAAUCAUGUUGUUUUAUGUUCAUGUUUGCCAUUUUCUCCUGCACACACUGGAGCUGUUUGCCUCUGACAGACUGUUACAGAGAAAAAUCAACAGUCCUGCCGUUCUGUUCUUUUUUUAUUGUUGUGCCUCCGCAUGUCUUCUUCAAUCAAAUAGUGUCCUUGGAUUCUUAGUUUCAUGUGUUUGAAACCUUCGUGAAGUCUUAAACGCAUUGUGACCAAUCUCUGUACUUGACAAAGAAAAGCUGUGAUUCACUUUUUUAUUUGACUCCACGUGAAUCAUUAACUCUUUGUGCUUCUUAAAUGAGUCAUUGCUGGUUUAUUUGACCUAAAUCUUCACACCGUACUUUGUAGCAUCCUUAAAUCUAAUUUGAGUUUCUUAACCUGUAAAUCUUUCACCCUAUUUUUGUUAACCUUUAAUUUAUCAUGUAUCUGUCCGAAAUGUUAAGACACCAUUUAAUAAAAUUUCUAACAAUA